AUGGAAAAGGAAAAGGAAAAGCAAACACAAUCGAAAGAGAACCAAAACAAAAACCCUUCAGAUGCAUCGAAACCGAUCUAUGCAAGAUUGAAGCUGUUCAUUGACACCAAAAACCAUCGAGUUAUUUACGCCCAAGUUGACAAAGAUGAUUUGGAAGCUCUAUUUAUGGUUCUCGUAGCGCCGGUUUCUCUCAUGUAUAGUAGUGUCACCGUUCCAAACGGUUAUGGGAACCUCGGAAGCUUCUUUUGUAGCAUGAUGAAUCUUUUCGGCCCAUGCAUUGGACCUGUCCGAACAAUCGGUAGUUUUACGGUACCAUUCUCGUUUGAAGAUGGAUCAACUAUUGAUCUCUCAGUCCCUAUCGCCGGCCUUCCCGGCGGCAAACUUUACGGUGAGUCGAAAGCCUUCUACCAGUGCGGUGAAAAUGGGUGUGCCCGGAAUUUCUGCAAUGAAUUUGGUGUUGUUUGUCCUGAUUGCGGGCGACCCAUGAGAAUUUCGGCCAAGUACGUUCCAUCUCCUCCACCGGCAAUGGAAGGUGUGUCAUCUUUUAUGGUUUUGGAUGAUUUGAAAGUGAUGCCUUCCUCUACAGUUUCUGCUCUUGAUCUGCUCAAGAAGUUGAAUUUGACCGAAUCUGAUGGCCUUGAAGAGAGAAUCGUCGAUAUAGGAGACGACGAGCUUGGUCAGUUGAUGGCAACUUCCAAGGAGACCAACAACGUUCUCAACGCAGUAUUCUUGCACGUCUUCAUCACAUAG